GUAAUGUCUGCACAUGCGCGGUGUGGACUUUCAAACAGCCCUUUUUAUGCCUAGCGUUGAUCGACUAGCAUCAAGCGAGCAUCAAGAUGCAGCUGUUUUUGCGUGCUCAGAACACCCACACCCUUGAGGUGACCGGACAGGAAACUGUUGGACAGAUCAAGGCUCAUGUCCAGGAUCUAGAGGGUCUCCUGGUCGAGGAUCAGGUGCUGCUGCUUGCAGGCUGCCCGCUGGAGGAUGAUUCCUCCCUGGCAUCCUGUGGAGUCUUGGAGCACUGCACCUUGGAGGUAGCUGGCAGGCUGCUGGGAGGUAAGGUCCACGGAUCUCUGGCCCGUGCUGGAAAAGUGAGGGGACAGACACCCAAGGUUGAAAAGCAGGAGAAGAAGAAGAAGAAGACUGGCCGUGCCAAGCGUCGCAUCCAGUACAACCGGCGCUUUGUGAACGUUGUGCCCACCUUCGGAAAGAAGAAGGGACCCAACGCCAACUCCUAAAUGCUUCAAUGCCCCAAAGGAGAAGCAUAAUCACCACCUGUCAGUUUUUAUCAAGUUAAAUGUUCUCCUGUACAGAAUAAAAUUUGGCUUGGACAGAA